UUUUUCCCGCAUAAGCAAAUAUAAAAAAGUUCAAACUCAUUUUGUUUUUAUCUCGACAGCUCCCGACAUUAAGUCUCCCCCUACACAUCACUUCUAACCCACACUUCCCAGCAUUUCACGCCCACAGACUCGCUCCCUUUAGCUCCAUAUAAACCGGCUGCAGAUCAAGUCACAACAUCUUUGAGAAACUUUGAGCAACAAUUGAAGCUCCUGCCAGGAAACCAAACAGCUAUGAUAUCAAUCGGAGGCCUCACAGGAUUUUGGAUCACUGCUCUGCUGGUUCUUUACGGUGCAGAUAUGGGAGAGACCAGUGGAAACUCUCUAAAUGAGCCCGACGUGCCGUUCCCUCCCGCCGGGCCCACGGCUCUCAACCUCGCCGCCAUCUGCCACCACGGUCAGGGUCGUCCCAGAUACCCGCCCAGCUUUUUCCCCAACUCCAGGGUCGGCCACUUCCGCCGCCGUGGAGCCGCCAUCAACCGUCUGGAGUCGUGGUUCAGUUUGUGCUGCAGUGGACAGGUAGCACAGCAGAGCGACCAGAUCCUCUGCUGCGCCCAACAAGCUUGGAAACAAGCCCUGUCCCAGUUCUGUGUGGAAGAAUAUUCCACCAUGACUAAAGCAUAUGUGUGCUGUGCGGACAGAGGAGAUGAACGCUGGAUUUGCUUUGACAGCGAGCUGCCAAACCCAAACUACGACCCGACACCAGGCUACACUGCACCCCAAAUCCCAGAGGAGCCGGGGUUCACUUUCAAUGCAAAUGCUUGUUAAAACAAGAAAAAAAUAAUAUUUUUGUGUAGAUUUUGUGUAGUGAAAUUGAGAUCCUGCAUCAGAAAAUUGCGGAUAAUGCUGAGCUCAUGUGUCCUGCAGAUCUUUGUCACAGAUGCUGGUUGUGUUUAUGCUGAGUAAGGAUUAUAACAACUGAAGUCAGUUAUUAUUGUUCACAGCUCUAUAUUCAACCCAACUUUGUCACAACAACAGGAAACAUUUAUUUUCCAUUUAUUUGCACUGUAGGAUUCUUUGCUAGAGAAAUAAAGGAUGAAAUAAAGACAUAAAA